AUGAAAAAUCACGAGCUUCGACCUACUGGAUCUAUACCAUUUCCUGAAGUGAAUGAGGUAUACGCCCACUAUGUUAGGCGUGGGAAGGGCCUCGGAUAUGGUCAUGGACGUGGCUAUGGUCAAGAAAGAAACCAUGUUCCUUGUGUUAGUCACUCAUCAAAAAAAUGCUUCCGUCAAAAUGAACAAGGAAAGAGUGAAAAACGUGAAGCAGAUAAGACAUGUAUUUGUUUUCGAUGUGGUACAAAAGGACACUAUGCACGUGCAUGUCGUACUCUCAAAUAUUUAAUUGAGUUUUAUCAAGCAUUACUAAAGAAAAAAGAAAAAAAUUCUGAAGCUAAUUUUGUCUCCAAAAAUUAUGCUAACGUUGCUCACUUAGAUGUAGCAGAUUUCUACAAGCAUCUUAAGGGAAAGAUGGAUCACCUGAUUGGUGAUGAUUUUGUGGCUAUGGAAGAUUGA